AUGAAUUCUGAAAGUCCUUCUGUUCCAUCUCCAGAAGAAAAUGAGAACACACAUGCACCCGUUAUUGAAUCUAAUAACGAAAAUGAUAAUUCUAUUAAAAAUAAUGAAGACGAAUCUCAUAAAAGGACACACGAUGCUAUGAAUGAAGAAAUAGAAAAAAACAAUGUAGGAGGGGAAUCUGAAACUUUAGACCCAAAAAAUGAGGGAAAUGGCGCUGAUGACAACAACAACGAGGACGAAGAUGAUGAUGAAGAUGAAGAUGACGAAGACGAAGAAGAAGAAGACGAAGAGGAGGACACUAUUCACUCCAAAAGACAACGUAGAGAACGGAACAGGUAUUUGGAUAUUGAAGCCGAGGUUAGCGAUGAUGAUGAGGAUGAAGAUGAAGAUGAAGAUGAAUUAGUUCGUGAAGGAUUUAUUGCACCAUCAGGUGAGGGUGGUGAAGAAGAAGUUGAUGACACAGGUACUAACGACAGAUUACAUAGACAAUUAGAUGCGGAUAGAGAUAAAAAUACCGAAGAAGAUGCUCAAAAAUUGGCCAAAGAAUUUAGAGAAAGGUAUGGGAGAAGCUCGUCGGCUCAAUAUAGAGCAGUUGCUCAAGAUGGGUAUGUUCCGCAGCGGUUCAUGUUGCCCAGUGUUGAUACUGCAACCGUUUGGGGUGUGCGUUGUAGACCUGGUAAAGAAAAGGAACUUGUUAAGAAGUUGUUUCAGAAAAAAAUCAACCUAGAUAAAACCAUGGGUAAAAAAAGGUUGAAAAUUUUAUCUAUUUUCCAAAGAGAUAACUAUCCGGGCAGAAUAUAUAUUGAAGCCCCUAAACAAUCGGUCAUUGAAAAAUUUAUUAAUGGUGUUCCAGAUGUUUACAUUCAACAAAAACUCUUGGUUCCAGUCCAAGAGUUACCAAUGCUUUUGAAAGCUACGAAAUCUAGUGAUGUUAAAUUAGAAGAGGGCAGUUAUGUCCGUAUUAAGAGGAGUAUAUACAAGGGUGACUUAGCUGUUGUUGAUCAAAUUAGUGAAAAUAAUUUAGAGGUCAUGUUGAAAAUUGUUCCACGUUUGGAUUAUGGUAAAAGUGAUGAAAUUGAUGAGUCCACCGGGAAGAGAAGAAUGAAAAGACCAACAUUAGCCCGCAGACCUCCACAACAAUUGUUUAAUCCGACCAUGGCUCUAAGAAUGGACCCUGAAAAUUUAUAUAAGAGAGGUGAUAACUCUUUUACUUAUAGAAAUGAUGAAUUUAUCGAUGGUUACCUAUUUAAAAGUUUUAAGAUUCAGUUUUUGGAGAUUAACAACAUACAUCCGUCUGUUGAAGAAUUAUCCAGGUUUGGUAGUAAAGAUGGUGAUAUCCAAUUGAGUGCAAUUUCACAGAGUUUGAAAAAGGCACAAGCUGCAAGGGCCAUUUUUCAGCCUGGUGACCGGGUGGAGAUUUUGAAUGGUGAACAACGUGGCUCUAGGGGUAUUGUUUCCACUGCGUCUUCUAGAUCUAUUGUUAGUAUUAAAUUGCCACAGUUUCCCAAGACUUUGGAAUUCCCAAUUUCCUCUUUACGGAAAAUUUUCGAAGCUGGUGACCAUGUAACCGUAGUCAGCGGUGAUAAUGCUGGCGAUGCAGGUUUAGUGUUGGCUAUUGAUAACGGACAAGUUACUUUUGUGUCUGAUCAAACAAGGGAGAAUAUAACCAUUACAUCCAACAACCUAAGUAAGUCUGUGGAUUCUACACCUACCUCUGCGGAUUAUGCAUUGCAUGAUAUUGUAGAAUUGAGCUCGAAAGGCGUUGCCUGUGUUAUUCAAGCCGGUCAUGAUAUUUUUAAAGUCAUGGAUGAUUCAGGAAAGGUUUCUAGUAUUACCAAAAGUUCUAUUCUGAACAAAAUCAACACUUCGCGUGUUAAGGUUGCAUCUGUUGAUUAUAAUGGUAGAGAAAUUAAGAUUGGUGAUACAGUUGUAGAAAAAGUCGGUGCCCGUAGAGAGGGCCAAGUUUUGUAUAUACAUGGACAAAAUGUUUUCAUAUUGUCCAGAAGCUUGUCUGAAAACUCGGGUGUGUUUGUGGUUAACACUAUGAAUCUUGAAUCUUUAGUAUCCAAAGAAUCUGCGCCAUCUCUAGAUUUGUCCAAGAUGAAUCCCGAUGUUAUUGCGAAAAUGGGGCCACCAAAGUCGGCAACUCAUGAAAAACAACAACAGGUUAGGUUUGGACGUGAUGUUGCGUUUGGUAAAACAGUCAGAAUUAGAUUGCCAGGUUAUAAAGGCCAGUUAGGUAUUGUCAAAGAUGUCAAUGGAGACAAAGCUACUAUAGAAUUACAUAGUAAAAGCAAGCAUAUUACAGUAGACAAAAGGAAGUUAAUUUAUUAUAAUAACGAAGGUGGGGAAGGUAUUUUGUAUGACGAAUUAGUUAAUAGACGCGGUAGAUUACCACUAUCUGCAAGCUCUGGUGGUAGAGGAAGAAAUGGUAUUUCAUCUGGGCCAAGCUAUGUUAGCAACGGUUUGCCAACUGGACCUGCUUCAAUGGUGACAAAUAAUAGUAUUGGUGCUGCUACACCUGGUUGGAGUGGUAGUUCUUUGGGUGGUGGUAAAACACCUGCAGUUAACGCUGGUGGUGCAACAUCAACAAUGGGUAACGGUGGUGCCAGUGCAUGGGGUGGUGCUUCUACAUGGGGUGGUGCUUCUACGUGGGGUGGUGCUAAAAAUAGCAACGUUGGUGGAGGUUCCUCUGCUUGGGGUGGUAAUAACGGAGGUACAUCUACAUGGGGUGGUAAUGCUUCAACUUGGGGUGGUGGGAAUAAAUCAGCUUAUGGUGGUGCUUCUUCAUGGGCGUCUAAUGAUGGAGAUGGAUCUGUUUCCACUUGGGGUGGAAGAUCUAGUUAUGGUGGAAAUAAUUCUACAUGGGGAGGCCAAACAAAUUCCAACGGUAAUGGCAACACAUCGGCAUGGGGUAAUAAAUCGGCAUGGGGUAGCAGCAAUAAUGGUAUUAAUAAUGGCAAUAACAAUAGAGGUGGGUCUUCAACUUGGGAAAGUGGUUAA